UUCCUUCGAAAAAUCUAAUUAUUUAUCCGUUGUCUAUAUGUAGCACUCACAUUUCGCUUUCCACCUCUCUGAGAGUCUGAGUUCACUUGCUACUGCUUAGUUCUCACGCUGUCCUGCUUUUCUCCAGAUCUGAACCUACUAAUCGCUAAGGGUUUAAAUUUCCUUUUCUUGAGAGUUUAGAGAAUGGGCCGUGGUGUUAGCAGUGGUGGGGGGCAAAGUUCGUUGGGUUAUCUGUUUGGCAGCGGAGAGGCUCCAAAAUCUGCCACAAACAAUUCCCAACCUGCCCCAAAUGAUGUCCAGGCUGUGAAUAACCCGCCUCCUACAAAACCUGCUGUGGUUCCUGAGCCAGUAGAUAUCACCAAGCAGAUCCCUGCUGGUAUUAACAGUACUUCUGCAAACAACUAUAUGCGGGCAGAUGGCCAGAACACUGGAAACUUCCUCACGGAUCGACCUUCAACCAAGGUCCACGCUGCUCCUGGUGGUGGAUCUUCCUUGGGAUACCUCUUUGGUGGUGGUAGUAACUAAGAUGUACCUCAAUCCCUUAAUGACGGGACUGCUGCUUAUUGAUUCUUGUGGAAACCUGUAAUUUGCAUGAAGCAAUGUUUUCAGCAUGUGAUGUAAUAUAUAGGCGGUUAUGAUGUUUUCUUUAUUCAGUGAAGAGCGUUGGAUUUAUAUGCUUAGACAUCUGUUACAAAAUCAAUCUUAAACAUCUGUUACAAAAUCAAUCUUGAUGUCUGAUACAUAAUACUGAUUUAAAUUCUGUUGCCAGCA